AUGGUCUUUUCAAUUCCCUCAUAUCUUUGCCUUGGCGAUCGUCCCAAGAAGGUGGUAGAUGAACGGUUGCAUGGUGUAAACUUUUUGACGUCACGUCCCAAAACAGGUCACUACCCCGAUGCAUUGUUCGAUAAGGAAUUCCGUUACGUGUACAAUGGGGACCGGUACCCCGAUCCUGAAACGAUGGCACGUCGAGAGCAGAUGGAAAAUCGUAAGCGAUACAUAACGGCUACCGGUUUCAUAAGUGUUUUUCGCCCAAAGAAGGGCGAAGGACUUGGCUCUAACUACGGCCUACUCCAACAAGAACCCUACAUACACAUGCCCGAUCACCCGCAGACCCGCGGACCGCAACCCUUCCCGAAGGUUAAACCGCGGCAGAUAUACACAUCACCCAGUAAGGCUGGGAGUUAUGGAACUCCGGGGCUAGCGAUAACUGACAUUGGCAAUGAAUACAUUGCUACCAUAUACGAUCAAGAGCGCAUUAAUGCGAAGAAGGAACGAGAUGUGUGGCGGCAACGCAUGCCCCCCGUUCCCUUUAAACCGGUGGGGCGACGGGGUUACACAUUCGACGAGGGGCCAGCUACUGGCGUGUCUAUGUGCUACAUAAUGACAUGUCCAUUCAGGGAAAAACGUGUGCAGCCGGUGAUGAAGCACUUCAUCAUUGACAAAAUGUGGCUUCCGGCUGGUUACAUACCAGACCGGCCACCACCAGUAGAGUACUGGGAGGAUCCUUACAAUGGAUUUGAUCCCCGUGUGGACCCCAAGUCACGCCUGAAGAAAUCAGAAGAUUCAAUAUUUAGAACAGGUUUCCGCGGAGACAACUUUUUCUACACUCGGAGUAUCGUGUUUAGGCGCCUGUGA